CUUACAUUUUAGGUAUUAAAAAAUUGAAAAAAUGAACUUGGGGAUUAAGGAACCAACGUUUACUGGCGAGUCUGGUCAACACGCUCCACACCAUCGGAAGGACCAGGGCUGUCGAAGAAUGUGCAUCACGCGUCCCGGCGUUUAGGUAUACGGCGGUACAUAGUGAAGGUAGAUGAUAUGGUUGGAGUGGGUGAAGAAAAAUGAACUGCAAAAACACUGUAGAGAAGCUAAAGAGACAAAUAGUAGAUAAAAAAUGGAGGAUGGGUUGGAGAUGCUCGUCAAAGGAAGAACAUGAAAAAAGUGAAUGUGCUCCUCACCACUAUUUGAGUUAGCAUAGCAUCAUCGCCCUCCCUUAUGCAUGCUUCUUUACUAAACUACAGUAAAUUUCAAAUUCUUCGAAGUUGCAUCUUUGCACUUCCUCGGUUUCCUUCCACUUCAUCUACACCAUUCCCUCUGUUGCCCAGCUUCCGUGCAUUAACUUCAAUGGAUUCACACAGAAAAUCAGCAUCAUAUUCUAAUGCUGCAUUUUCACCUUCAAAUCACAGUAGCCGUGGUGGAGGUAGAAGAUUUGAUAUGAAGGAUAACAAUGAAUGGUGGAGAGGUCAUGGUGGUGGCUCCGGAAAUGACAAAAUUGAAGCUCUUGGUCGAUUAUUAACUCGUAUUCUUCGUCACAUGGCUUCCGAGCUAAAACUUAAUAUGAGGAGUGAUGGAUUUGUCAAGGUCCAAGAUCUAUUAAAACUGAAUAUGAAAACAUUUGCCAAUAUCCCAAUGCGGUUGCACACAUUUGAUGAUAUCAAAGAGGCAGUUAGAAAGGACAACAAACAAAGGUUUAGCUUGUUGGAAGAAAGUGGAGAGCUUUGGAUACGUGCAAACCAAGGGCACUCAAUAGUGACUGUUGAAACAGAACGAUUGCUGAAACCUGUCAUUUCAGCUGAAGAAGUUCCGGUUUGCGUGCAUGGGACCUACAAGAGGAAUUUGCAAUCAAUUUUGGAGCAAGGUCUAAAAUGCAUGACAAGAUUGCACAUUCACUUCUCAUGUGGCUUACCAACAGACGGUGAAGUAAUUAGUGGAAUGAGGCGAGAUAUCAAUAUGGUAAUCUUUCUGGAUGUCAAGAAGGCAUUGGAAGAAGGAAUGAAGCUUUACGUCUCUGACAAUAAGGUCAUAUUGACGGAAGGUUUUGACGGUGUCGUGCCAGUGAAGUACUUCCAGAAAAUAGAAACAUGGCCAGGCAGAAAACCUAUCUCUUUCCCGGUUGUUUAACGUUCGAUUUCCACUCCUUUUAUCUAUGCUUUCUUUGUUUCCAUCAUCUCCAAUGGAGCCAAAGAUUCACUAUGUUUUGGCUUUGGGGUAUGACGGAAUGAAGCAAAAUGACUCUUUAAACUGUCUGCGCUUCUUUUAAUAGUGAAGUAGCAGUUAAUCAAUGCAACCUUCGACCCUCAUCAUGGCUCAUCCAAAAACAACGCUCUAUGUUUUAAACUUAGAGGUGAGGCUGUAUUAUACGUGAUUACCGGUGGUGCUUGGGGGCUUGUUCUCUUCCGUUCGGAUCAAAUUCAAUUAAGUUCUGAUAUGAUCUGAUUGUAAUAUUUAAAAUUGUUUCCAAUGUGAUCCGAUUUCAAUUAGAAUAGGUAAUAAGUAAAAAGAAUAACCUGAAGCAAAUAAGCUCCGAGUCGGGGGUCUCUUUGGAAACAGUCUUUUUACUUUUGAGUAGGGGUAAGGUUUGCAUACACACUCUCUCCAAGCUCUCUCCAAGCCCUACUUUUGUGAGAU